AUGUCUCUCAUACCAGACAACGCAGAGGACUACAGUUCCGACAACCAGUCCAAUGCCUCUUCAUCAGGCGACGAAGACUUGGGGCCUCCGCCUCUGCUGCACCACAACUACUUCGCCCCUCCAUUCUACGGACGACCCCCAACACCUCUGCCGCCAUCCCCCUCUCUGACAUCGCUGCUUCGCCCCUCGCGACCUACCACCCCCGAUGCCUCCGACGACGACCUCGAGGCCCCGGUGCCCCGCGCAUCUCCCAAAGUGCCCACGUACGAGUACUACGGCUUUGUCCUGUACCUCUUCUCGUCGCUGACCUUCCUGGUCUAUAUCCUGUGGGCCUUUCUGCCGUCUCCAUUCCUGCACGCCAUGGGCAUCUACUACUACCCCAACAGAUGGUGGGCCCUGGCUGUCCCGUCAUUCAUCGUCAUGCUCCUCGUGUACAUCUACAUCGCCCUGGCAUUGUACAACACCGAGGUCUUGACGCUCCCGUUGAACUCGAUCGAGACCAUCACCGACGAGGCGGCCCAGAUCGCAACCAUCGACAGCGAGGGACGGAUCAAGCCGGCUCUGAAACACCCCGGGUUAACACCCGAGCAGGCGAGCAAGCUCGAAUGGAAGAAAAUAUGGAACGAGGGCACGGAUGCGGUCAUGGACGUACCGCUGAGUGGCGUUUGCAUGGUUCUCUAUGGCCAUUUGUUAGACUCAGAAGAGGAGUUGCAAGAAGGUUCCGAAGAGCAGCUGCAACAAGGCUCCGUGGAGGAGUUGCAACAUGAUUAG